AUGGGUCGUGGGGAGCUCACGGGGCCUAGGAAGACAGAGCAGGGCUUGGGGGUGGCAUCCCUAGCCUUGGCUGCCCCCUCCCGCGCGUGGCACGGGCUGGCCAGGGGCCCAGGGCCACAGGAGGAGGGCGCAGCCGGGGGCGGGGGCGCCGAGGGCCGGGCGGGGAGCGUACGAGGCGGCUCCUCCCCGCGCCCCGGCCGUGGAGCCUGGAGCGGGGCGCCGGCACCCUGUUCCGGGGCGGGCCGGGUGGCGGCCGCUCCUGUCCCGACAGGUGCGCGGCGCGCAGGAAUGCGGGGCCUGACUCACCAGCGCCUCCUGCCUACCUGCCCGCCCGCCGCCCAUAAAGCCCGCCCGCUGGCUGCCGCCGGCCCUCCCGCCCUGCAGCCGGGACACCGCGCGCCCCGCAGCCCGGAGCCGCCGGGCAGCCCACCCAAGGUAGGCGCUGCCACGCCAGGGCAGCCAGCUGAAGGGGGCGGCCAGGGCCCCGAGCCGGGAGCCGGGUGCCAGGAGUGGAAACCAGGGCGGAACACGGGUGCCCACUCAGCACGGGCAUCAGCCGGGAGCUGGGGAGCAGACCUGAUGCCUUUUGUUUCCCCAGCCCUUCCACUCCUGGAGGCUGAUGUGCCCUGUCCAGGGCAGGUGUCUAGCUUUCCGGGAUGUGCUGAGACAGCCGAGAGCAGAAGGCACACCACCUUCAUCCAGGAGAAGGGGGCCAGGACAGAGAGGUUCAGGAAAAGGAAGACGAUGGGGGCGCUGGGUCCCAGCCCGUGGACCAGGCUGCUGCUGGCUGCCCUGCUGAGCGUCAGUAUCCCCGGCCAUGUCGCGAACCGCUGCAAGAAGGCCCAGGUGAAGAGCUGCACCGAGUGCAUCCGAGUGGACAAGGACUGCGCCUACUGCACCGAUGAGCUGUUCAAGGAGCGGCGUUGCAACACCCGGGCGGAGCUGCUGGCUGCAGGCUGCAGGCAGAAGAGUGUGGUAUUCAUGGAGAGCUUCUUGAAUAUCACAAAGGGCAACCAAAUAGACACGACCCUCCAGCGCAGCCAGGUGUCACCCCAAAAGCUGUGGGUCCGGCUGCGGCCGGGCGAGGAGAAACACUUCGCGCUGGAGGUGUUCGAGCCGUGGGAAAGCCCGGUGGACUUGUACAUCCUCAUGGACUUCUCCAACUCCAUGUCCGACGAUCUGGCCAACCUCAAAAAGAUGGGGCAUGACCUGGCCCGGGUCCUGAGCCAACUUACAGGCGACUACACCAUCGGCUUCGGCAAGUUUGUGGACAAAGUCAGCGUCCCCCAGACGGACAUGAGGCCCGAGAGGCUCAAGGAGCCCUGGCCCAACAGUGACCCUCCCUUCUCCUUCAAAAACGUCAUCAGCCUGACAGAUGAUGUGAACGAAUUCCAGAGUAAACUGCAGGGCGAGCGGAUCUCGGGAAACCUGGACGCUCCAGAAGGGGGCUUUGAUGCCAUCCUGCAGACGGCCGUGUGCACGGAGAACAUUGGCUGGCGCACAGACAGCACCCACCUGCUGGUGUUCUCCACUGAGUCAGCCUUCCACUACGAGGCUGACGGUGCCAAUGUGCUGGCGGGCAUCAUGAGACGUAAUGAUGAGGAGUGCCACCUGGAUGCCACGGGCACCUACACCCAGUACAAGAGCCAAGACUACCCCUCUGUGCCCACACUGGUGCGCCUGCUAGCCAAGCAUAACAUCAUCCCCAUCUUUGCUGUCACCAACUACUCCUACAGCUACUACGAGAAGCUGCAUACCUACUUCCCCGUCUCCUCACUGGGGGUGCUGCAGGAGGACUCGUCCAACAUCGUGGAGCUGCUGAAGGAAGCCUUUAAAAGAAUUCGUUCCAACCUGGACAUCCGUGCGCUGGAGAGCCCUCGAGGGGUGAGGACAGAGGUCACCUCCAAGCUAUUUCAGAAGACAUCUACCGGGUCCUUCCACAUUCGGCGUGGUGAAGUGGGCAUGUACGACGUGCAACUGCGGGCCGUUGAGGAAGUGGAUGGGACGCAUGUGUGCCAGUUGCCAGAAGACGACCAGGAGGGAAAAAUCCACCUGAAGCCCUCCUUCUCUGAUGGUCUUGAAAUAGACGUGGGCAUCAUCUGUGACGUGUGCGCCUGCGAGCUGCAAAAAGAGGUGCGGUCAGCUUCCUGCAACUUCAAUGGGGACUUCAUGUGUGGACACUGCGUGUGUAGUGAGGGCUGGAGCGGCAAGACCUGCAACUGCUCCACCGGCUCCCUGAGCGACACGCAGCCCUGCAUGCGGGAGGGCGAGGACAGGCCGUGCUCGGGCCGGGGCGAGUGCCAGUGCGGCCGCUGCCUGUGCUACGGCGAGGGCCGCUACGUGGGCCAGUUCUGCGAGUACGACAACUUCCAGUGUCCCCGCACCUCCGGCUUCCUCUGCAAUGACCGAGGACACUGUACCAUGGGCCAGUGUGUGUGUGAGCCUGGCUGGACAGGCCCAAGCUGUGACUGCCCCCUCAGCAACGCCACCUGCAUUGACAGCAAUGGGGGCAUCUGUAACGGACGUGGCCACUGUGAGUGCGGACGCUGCCGCUGUAACCAGCAGUCACUGUACACGGACACCACCUGUGAGAUCAACUACUCAGCGAUCCGCCUGGGGCUCUGUGAGGACCUGCGCUCCUGCGUGCAGUGCCAGGCCUGGGGCACUGGGGAGAAGAAGGGGCCCACAUGCCAGGAAUGCAGCUUCAAGGUCAAGAUGGUGGACGAGCUGAAGAAAGCGGAGGAGGUGGUGGAGUACUGCUCCUUCCGGGACGAGGACGAUGACUGUACCUACAGCUACACGGUGGAGGGUGAUGGCGCUCCCGGGCCCAACAGCACCGUCCUGGUGCACAGGAAGAAGGACUGCCCUCCCGGCUCCUUCUGGUGGCUCAUCCCCCUGCUCAUCUUCCUCCUGCUGCUCCUCGCACUGUUACUGCUGCUCUGCUGGAAGUAUUGUGCCUGCUGCAGGGCCUGCCUGGCCCUGCUCCCCUGCUGCAACCGAGGCCACAUGGUGGGCUUCAAGGAAGACCACUACAUGCUGCGGGAGAACCUGAUGGCCUCUGACCACCUGGACACACCCAUGGUGCGCAGCGGCAACCUUAAGGGGCGCGACACGGUGCGCUGGAAGAUCUCCAACAACGUGCAGCAGCGGCCCGGCUUUGCCACGCGCUCGGCCAGCACCAACCCUGCAGAGCUGGUGCCAUAUGGGCUGUCCCUGCGCCUUGCCCGUCUUUGCACCGAGAACUUGCUGAAGCCAGACACUCAUGAGUGUGACCGGCUGCGCCAGGAGGUGGAGGAAAAUCUGAAUGAGGUGUACAGACAGGUCUCGGGCGCCCACAAGCUCCAGCAAACCACGUUCCGGCAGCAGCCCAACGCCGGCAAGAAACAGGACCACACGAUCGUGGACACGGUGCUGAUGGCCCCCCGCUCAGCCAAGCAGGCCCUGCUGAACCUGACCGAAAAGCACGUGGCACAGAGGGCCUUCCACGAACUCAAGGUGGCCCCCGGCUACUACACGCUCACUGCAGACCAAGAUGCCCGGGGCAUGGUGGAGUUCCAGGAGGGCGUGGAGCUGGUGGACGUACGUGUGCCGCUCUUCAUCCGGCCAGAGGACGACGAUGAGAAACAGCUGCUGGUGGAGGCCAUCGACGUGGCCUCGGGCACUGCCACGCUCGGCCGCCGCCUGGUCCACAUCACCAUCAUCAAGGAACAAGCCAGCGGGGUGAUCUCCUUCGAGAAGCCUGAGUACCUGGUCAGCCGUGGAGACCGGGUGGUCCGCAUUCCCAUCGUCCGACGCAUCAUUGAAAAUGGCAAGUCCCAGGUCUCCUACCGCACACAGGAAAACACAGCCCAGGGCAACCGGGACUAUGUGCCCGUGGAGGGCGAGCUGCUCUUCCAAGCUGGGGAGACCUGGAAGGAGCUGCAGGUGAAGCUGCUGGAGCUACAGGAGAUGGACACCCUCCUGUGGGGCCGCCAGACCCGCCGCUUCAACGUCCAGCUCAGCAACCCCAAGUUUGGGGCCCGCCUGGGCCAGCCCCACUCCACCACCGUCAUCAUCGGGGACCAAGAUGAAAUGGACCUGAACUUCACCAACAAGACCAGGUCGUCACCCUCAGUCAUCCGAGGUGACCCGGCUGCCCCACAGAACCCCAAUGCCAAAGCUGCUGGGUCCCGGAAGAUCCACUUCAACUGGCUGCCCCCUCCUGGCAAGCCGAUGGGGUACAAGGUGAAAUACUGGAUCCAGGGUGACCCCGAGGCAGAUGCCCAGGUGUUGGACAGCAAGGUCCCUUCAGUGGAACUCACCAACCUGUACCCGUACUGUGACUACGAGAUGAAGGUCUGUGCCUACGGCCCACAGGGCGAGAGCCCCUACAGCCCCGUGGUGGCCUGCCGCACCCACCAGGAAGUGCCCAGCGAGCCAGGGCGCCUGGCCUUCAACGUUGUCUCCCCCACGGUGACCCAGCUGAGCUGGGCCGAGCCGGCUGAGACCAACGGCGACAUCACAGCCUAUGAGGUCUGCUACUGCCCAGUCAACGAGGACAACAAGCCCAUGGGGCCCACGAAGAAGGUCCUGGUGGACAGCCCCAAGAAGCGGAUGCUGCUCAUUGAGAACCUGCGGGAGUCGCAGCCCUACCGCUACUCGGUGAAGGCGCGCAACAUAGCCGGCUGGGGACCCGAGCGGCAGGCGUUCAUCAACCUGGCCACCCAGCCCACGCGGCCCAUGUCCAUCCCCAUCAUCCCCGACAUCCCCAUCGUGGACGCCCAGAGCUCAGAGGACUACGACAGCUUCCUCAUGUACAGCGACGACGUGCUGCGCUCCCCCGGGGGCAGCCAGAGGCCCAGUGUCUCCGACGACACUGGCAGCGGCGGCUGGAAGUUCGAGGCCCUGCUGGGGGAAGAGCUGGACCUGCGGCGCGUCACAUGGCAGCUGCCCCCAGAGCUCAUCCCGCGCCUGUCCACCAGCAGUGCGCGCUCCUCCGAGGCCGAGGCGCCCCCCACACCCCUGGAUGACAGGGCUCUGGGCACUGGGGAUGCUGAGGGCCGAGGCCUGCCACGGAGCGCCACUCCCGGGCCCCCCACAGAGCACCUGCUGAACGGAAGGAUGGACUUGCCCUUCCCGGGCAGUGCCAGCUCCCUGCACCGGAUGACUGCUGCCACCGCUGCCUACGGCACCCACCUGAGCCCCCACCUGCCCCACCGUGUGCUGAGCACGUCGUCCACCCUCACCCGGGACUACCACUCGCUGACCCGCACUGACCACUCACACUCCACCACGCUGCCCAGGGACUACUCCACGCUCACCUCCCUCUCCUCCCACGAGUCCCAUGUGGUCCCAGGUGUACCCGACACCCCCACUCGCCUGGUGUUCUCGGCCCUGGGGCCCACGUCUGUGAAAGUGAGCUGGCAGGAGCCACAAUGCGAACAGGCGCUUCUGGGCUACAGUGUGGAGUACCAGCAACUGAACGGCGGCGAUGUGCAGCGUCUCAACAUCCCCAACCCCAGCCAGACCUCGGUGGUCGUGGAGAACCUCCUGCCCAACCACUCCUACGUGUUCCACGUGCGUGCCCAAAGCCAGGAGGGGUGGGGCCCGCAACGCGAGGGUGUCAUCACCAUCGAGUCGCCAGUGAACCCUAACAGCCCACUCUGCCCCCUGCCAGGCUCUGCCUUCACCCUCAGCACCCCCAGUGCGCCGGGGCCACUGGUGUUCACAGCGCUGAGCCCAGACUCGCUGCAGCUGAGCUGGGAGCGACCCCGGCGACCCAUGGGGGACAUCCUUGGCUACCUGGUGACCUGCGAGAUAGCCCACGAAGGAGGGCCUGGCACCAAGUUCAUGGUCGAGGGAGACAACCAAGAGAGCCGGCUAGUCGUUCCAGGCCUCAGCGAGAACGUGCCCUACAAGUUCAAGGUGCAGGCGAAGACCACCAAAGGCUUUGGACCAGAGCGGGAGGGUGUCAUCACCAUCGAAUCCCAGGAAGGAGGUCCCUUCCCAAAGCUGGGCAGCCAGGCCGGGUUCUUCCAGUCGCUGCCAGGGGAGUACAGCAGCCUGACUACCACCCACACCAGCACCACCAGGCCCUUAGUGGAUGGGCUGAGCCUGGCGUCCCAGCACCUGGAGGCAGGUGGCACCCUCACUCGGCACGUGACCCAGGAAUUUGUAAGCCGGACGCUGACCACCAGUGGCACCCUCAGCACACAGGUAGACCACCAGUUCUACCAGACCUGA